AUGGAUUUCAUUAAAGAAGCCAUUUGUGAUAAUAACGAUGAAAUGUAUAAAUACCUUCUCGGCUGGAUUGCAUCAAUGAUUCAACAUCCUGGAAUCAAGAAUGAAACAGCAAUUAUUUUGAAAGGACUUCAGGGAACAUGUAAAAACAGAUUUACAGACAUUAUUUCUGAACUUCUCGCUGGUUAUUCAUGUAAAAACAUUACUGAAAUAAGUGAGCUAACGGGUAAUUUCAAUUCGGUUGUUGAAAAUAAAAUGUUUCUUGUACUUAAUGAACUCAAGAAUGUAGGUGAAGACAGACUCGCAAACUUCAACGCUUUGAAAUCAAUUAUUACGGAUAAUGAGAUUAGAAUUAAUGAAAAGAAUCAACCCAGAAGAACAGCUCAGAACGUUGCAAACUUCAUUUUCGUAACUAACAACGUCUACCCUGUCAAAAUUGAAGUUGGAGACAGAAGAUACGUAGUUUUAAGAGUUAAUGGUAAAUUCAAGGGUCAAUUUGAUUACUUCAAGAAUUUAAUGGAUUCAUGCACUAAGGAAUUUUAUGAUAAUUUACUAACAUAUUUUAUGCAAUAUGACCUUUCAUCAUUUAAUGUACGAAUCAUACCGAUGACUGAAGCCAAACAAGAUUUAAUAGAAUUAUCAUCAAAUCCUUUAGAUGUAUGGAUAAAUACACAUUAUGAUGAAUUGUGUGCAGGUAUGACGUGUGAAAAUGCUCUAUUCUGCAAACCAUCAGACAUGAAAGACAAGAAUUUCCAAAUGAGUAUUAAGGAUAAAUGUGAUAGGAAACAUAGAAGAAUAGACGGUAAACAAACAUGGUGUUAUGUUUUGAAAGAAGAAAUGAAAGGAUUAU